AUGGCAACCUCAAGUGAACCCAGUGUUCGAGGCACUGCAGCCUCCAGUGAAGCCAGUGCCCGACACACUGCAUCCUCCAGUGACCCCAGUGCCCGCAGCAUGUCAGCUUCCAGUUAUCUCAGUGACCGUGAAGGCAGUGCCUGCCGCACUGCACCCUUCAGUGAAUCCAGUGCCCGCGGCACUGCAGUCUGCAAUGAACCCAGAGCCCGCGGCACUGCACCUUCCAGUGAACCCAGUACCCGUGGCACUGCACCCUCCCAUGACGCCAGUGCCCGCGCACCGCAGUCUGCAGUGAACACAGUGCCCAAGGCACUGCAGCCUGCAGUGAACCCAGUGCCCAAGGCACUGCAGCCUCAAGUGAACCCAGUGUCCGCGGCACUGCAGCCUCCAGUGAAGCCAGGGCCGGAUGCACUGCAUCCUCCAGUGACCCCAGUGCCCGCAGCAUUGCAGCUUCCAGUUAUCUCAAUGACCGGUUCACUGCAGCCUUUCAGUGAACCCACUUCCCACUGCACUGCAGCCUCUAUUGAACCCACUGUCUGCGGCAUUGCCCCCUCCAGUGAAGGCAGUGCCUGCCAUUCUGCACACUUCAGUGAACCCAGUGGCCGCAACAAUGCACCAUGUAGUGAAACCAGUUCCCUGUUCUAUGCAGCCUCCAGUGAGCCCGGUGCCCGCAGCAGUGCAGCCUACAUUGAACCCACUGCCCACAACACUGCACCCUCCAGUGAACCCAGUGCCCGGGCACUCCACUCUCCAGUGAACCCAGUGCCCGUGGCACUGCAGUCUGCAUUGAAACCAGAGCCCGAGGCACUGCAGCCUGCAGUGAACCCAAUGCCCAUGGCACUGCAGCAUCCAGUUGUCUCAGUGACCGGUGCAAUGCAGCCUCAGUGA